AUGUUGUCCAAAUUGACAAAACUGCUCAAUCGUGGGCCAACAGACAAAAAUUCACCCUUGCGAUACAAAUACAAGUCUCUCAGCCGAGGCUCAAAGCGCGAGUUUCGACUGCUCGUGCUGUCCCCGGCUGCAACACACCAUGACCCCCUCGUCACCCAGCUAGUAACCCUGCAGUUUGAGCCAGAUGGGCGUGGGCAACUGCCUGAAUACGAGGCACUGUCGUACACCUGGGGGGACACGGCUACCCUGGAUGCCGACUUGAGCGAGAGCAUCAUUGUUGUCGACGAUGACUCAAGGCGGGACUGGGCGAUUCUCCCGGUGACGAGGAACCUGGCCGCCGCUCUCCAACAUCUUCGACGCCCCAAUGAGUCCCGCGUUAUUUGGGCCGACGCAGUGUGCAUCAACCAGGCUGACAAGCGGGAGAAGAGCGACCAGGUCAGGAGGAUGGCCGACAUAUACCGGUCGGCCGCCCGUGUCGUCGUCUGGCUGGGGCCUGGGGCCGACAACAGCACCUACGCGCUUGCCUUGCUGGAUUAUCUCGGCUCCAAGAUCGAGGUGGACUGGGGAAGGGAGACGAUGCGUCUAUCCCCGGCCGAACCACCUGGAGAGCCGAUCGACCUCGAAACCCACUGGGCCGACAUCAACGAGACACUUCCGUACAAAAGCAAGGAACUCCACGCCAUUUGCUCCCUCCUUUUUCGGCCUUGGUUUGAGAGACUAUGGAUACGACAAGAGAUUGCCUUAGCGAAGCCAGAGGCAGCGAUUUUCAUGUGCGGACAGGACUCGAUCUGUUGGUCAAACUUCUCAAAGUCGAUAUUCUGCCUCAAGAUCAAGCCCAAGGAGGUCCAUUUCCUUGGCGACAAGGCGAUGCCGUUUACCUACCGUCUGGACCUAGUAUUUAACCUGCGUCGCGGUGGUAAACCUCCUGGGGAAGCAGACAAUUUCGAGAUGUUGAGCAUUCUCCUCGAUCAGACGCAAAACUGCAAAUGCACGGAUUCCCGCGACAAGAUAUUCGCCUUGCUCAGCCUGCUACCUAAAAGAGAGCGCCUUGCGGCCGGAAUCGAGCCAGACUACACAAAGACUGCCGCCCAGGUCUACCAGGAUGUGGUUGUCAAAUACGCCCGCGCCUUUGGGUCUCUGGAUUUUCUGCCGCAUUGCGAGCUUGACACCACCCGGCAGGCGCCAACCUGGGUCCCGGACUGGUCGAAGCCCAGAAAGGGCUACCUACGAAAAGAGGGCAACGCGACAAACAACGUCCUCGCACACGAGGCCAAGUAUGUCGGCAAAGGCAUACUUCGGGUGUGUGCCAUCCGUGCCGGCGUCGUUGCCAAGUCCAAAGUCAUUGAAGGCAUGUCAUUGUCCUCUGAGCCGACGGAUGUUAUAGCGGCUUUGAAAAGAUAUGCUCCUCCGGAUGUCCUCAACGCACCGUAUGUCGGGGGCGGCACGUUGCUACAUGCGUACUCUCGCGUAAUGUCCAUGGAUACAGCCGGUGGAGACGUCUUGGAGGACAAGAUGCCCGCCAACCUGACACGAGAGUCAUGCACCCGCACUCUCAAACGCCUGUUGCAGGAUGAAGAGCCAAGUAUUGACGUCGCUCAAGGAUCAGUCGACAUCACCUUUCUCAGGGCCGUUAGAUAUUGGACCGCUGGCGCCAGUCGCUCUCUUGUCACCACGAAGACGGGUCAUAUUGGCCUUGCACCGGCGGCGGCAAUGCCAGGUGACGAGAUCUGGGUCGUCUUGGGAUGCACAGUGCCGCUUCUGCUACGGUCAGCCCCCCCAGCAAAGGGACACCCGCAAUCCAGCUACCAGGUUGUCGGUGAGACCUCUGUUCCAGGAAUGAUGUUUGGCGAAGAGUUGUUUGGGCCCAUUCCAGACCACUGCUGGCCAGUAAAAUACUAUGAGGAGAGUUGGGGCGGCUUAAUCAUCUUGCUUUUUAAUGCCGAGACAAAUACGGCCACUGAUAAGGACCCACGGCUGGAAAAGCUGGGCCUUAAUGCCCAAGUUGAUGCUGUUGGAAAAAACACGGUGAGCGAGUUGCGAGCUGCAGACUUGAGGAAGUUUGGCGCUCAAGUCGAAGCAAUAAACCUCGUCUAA